AUGAGUUCCUUGAGUGGAGACCGCGGGGAAAGUAGAAAGCCUUCAAGACGCAGGCGUGGUAGGGGCUUCUGUAUCUUUCAUCCCGACGCAGUUACAGCAAAAACCAUCUCACGACUUAGUAAAGGAGUAGCUCGGUUGUCAGCAAACGAUGAUACAACAAAUGCGCCGGACGCUCCUGAGCCAAGCGUUAAACAAGGUGAAAAGGCACAAAUCUGUUGGUCCAAAGCUAGCAACUCUUCUAUUGAGCUCCCAGGCGAUACAUCUUCUUCCUUCGGCUUGUAUACACAAAGAAUCAUCAGAUUCUUCGAUGCUGUCGCUCACUCCACCAAGGUCCCAACCUACCGCCAGCUCAUCACCAAUUGUGUCAAGUUCUGA